UUUCUUUGGAUUUCUGUGGCCAGGUUUAUUUUUCUUCUUCCAGAUUUUCUUUGAAGGGCCGUCUGAGAAGGAAAGAGAAACGUGACUUCAGGGAAGGAGGAGAGGAAAAGAACUUCUCAGCUGAAUAAAAAAUGGGAGGGACUGAAGAAGUAGCAGAUCUGAAGGAGUGACAGAAAAGGAGAGAGGGAGGGAAAAGAGGAGAAUAGAGAGUCAGCAGGACCAAAGUCCCAGUUUCAUCUCCUUUCUUUCUCCCAGUGACUUCAGGGUGAGACCAACAGACAGGAUGCUGCUUCUCAGCUCCCUGUCCACAUUCCUCGUCCUGCUUCUCCUCCGGCUCCCUCAGAUGUCUGCGCAGGAUGUUCUGGUGCGUCUGGCAGGCGUGGGUCGACAAGGUGCAAAUGAGGGCCGUGUGGAGGUGUUCUACGACGGGUCGUGGGGCACGGUGUGUGAUGAUGAGGUGGAUAUCAACCUUGCCAAUGUGUUGUGCAGGCAGCUGGGCUUCCAGCGCAGCUUUACCUGGGCGCACAGUGCCAAGUUUGGUCAGGGACAAGGUUUGAUCUGGUUAGAUAAUGUGCGCUGUAAAGGUACGGAGCUCUCGGUUGCUCAAUGCCACUUCAGCGGUUGGGGAAUCAAUGACUGCACACAUGCAGAGGAUCUAGGGAUCAUUUGCAGCCCAGAAAGGAGACCUGGCUUUCCCCCCGCCACUAUUGAGGAAACAUAUUCAUCCUCAAACCAGCAGCCGAGCCAACAAAUAAACCCACCACCACCACCACCACCAGCAGCACAGUCUUGGUUCCCUGCAGCUCCACCUGAGGCAAACAUUCCCUCAUACUCCUCAAGAGGCCAUGAGAUUGCCCUCAAUCGCAACCCUUCCAGCUCCCGUCGCAACAGCAUCUCCCCGCGGGAGAAUGGCCACGAGAUACAGAUCUUGAGACGGAAUCGAGGCGGUUCAAGACAGAGCCAGCAGGCUUUGCCGCAAGGACACCAGCUGCCUUCGCGCCUGGCGAAUAUCGAAGCCUACAGGCAGAGGCAGGAGACGGUGAGGGCUGGUCCACCUGCCAUGAGACAGGAGGCAGAGGGGCAGGUGAGCAGGCAGCCACAACCACCAGCUUACCCCCAGGUCCAGUCUGAGAGCAGGUUCCAGCAGCUCAGCGAGAACCACGUCGAACCCGAUCCAGUUUAUCCAGACGUGGGACUGGAGUCUGAUGCACAGUACACACAGGGAUCUGGAAGGGUUCACUUAGAGGAAGCUCGUUUACGGCCCGUCCUGUCCAGCAACGCUGGUGGUCUGGUGACCGAGGGCGUGCUGGAAGUGAAGUACGCUGGAAAGUGGCGUCAUGUGUGCGACCAGGGUUGGGACCUGAGCAGCAGCCGUGUCGUAUGUGGCGUUUUAGGAUUUCCUGCAGCUCAACCGUUUGACCAGACUGCCUACAGAAAACUUUGGGAUUCCAAGUUAGCUGAUCCUUCAUCGAGGCUGAGUGCCCUGAUCAAUAAGAAGGCCUACUGGGUGGAGAAGGUGCAAUGUCAAGGUGUGGAGGUGUCUUUGUCCCAGUGUCAGGCGCAGUUGUCCCUCCCCAGGAGUGAUGUCCCAUGCCGGGGUGGAAUGCACGCAGUGGUCAACUGCGUCCCUGGAUUCCAUUUCUCUCGCUAUGGCAGAGCGCCUGCUCCACCUGCUGUGCCGCCUGUCGUUCGCCUUAAGGCCGGACCUCGUCUUGGAGAGGGCCGUGUUGAAGUUUUGAAAGAAGGAAAGUGGGGAACAGUCUGUGACCACCUGUGGGACCUGAAUGCUGCUAGCGUGGUCUGCAGGGAGCUGGGUUUUGGGACGGCUAAAGAGGCUCUCACCAGGGCUCAAUUGGGCCAGGGUACUGGUCCCAUCCACAUGAACAGUGUCCAGUGCAAAGGAAGAGAGAUGUCCAUAACUAAGUGUGAAUACAGACCAGUACCACUUUACACCUGUAAACAUACCCAAGACGUAGCGGUCCGCUGCAACGUCCCAAACACUGGCUUAAAGGCUACGGUGCGCCUGGCAGGUGGCAGAGAUCCUGGAGAGGGUCGUGUGGAGGUGCUGAUGGAGGUUGGAGGAGUGAAGCGUUGGGGGUCCGUCUGCAGUGAGAACUGGGGCCUGAAUGAAGCCAUGGUGGUCUGUCGACAGCUGGGUUUGGGAUUUGCCGCCAGAGCUCAUCAGGAGACCUGGUACUGGCCGGGCUCUUCAGAUGCCGGCGAGGUGUUGUUGAGCGGGACCCACUGCGUCGGCACUGAGAUGUCCAUCCAGCAGUGUCGCAGAAAUGCUCACGUCUACUGUCCCAGAGGAGGAGACGGAAGAGCUGCUGGAGUCACGUGUGUGGAGACUGCUCCUGACCUUGUGGUGGAUGCUCAGCUCGUCCAAGAGACGGCCUACCUGGAGGAUCGACCUCUCCACCUGCUGACCUGUGCGAAUGAGGAGAACUGCCUGUCGUCCUCUGCUGCUAGGAUGAACUGGCCCUACGGACACCGUCGCCUGCUGCGCUUCUCCUCCCGCAUCAUGAACAUGGGUCUUGCUGACUUCAGACCAAGAGCCACCAGAGAAAGCUGGACAUGGCACCAGUGUCACAGACACUACCACAGCAUCGAGGUGUUCACCCACUAUGAUCUGCUCACGCUCAAUGGAACGAAAGUAGCAGAAGGUCAUAAAGCCAGCUUUUGUUUGGAGGACACCUACUGCCCCGAAGGUCUCCAUAAGCGAUUUGCCUGCUACAACAUGGGAGAUCAGGGUAUCUCUGUUGGCUGCUGGGACACGUACCGCCAUGACAUCGACUGUCAGUGGAUUGACAUCACAGACGUGCGACCUGGUGAAUACAUCUUUCAGGUCAGUUUUACCUGCAAAAAGAAGCUAAUCUAAUAAAAUUAACCUUCGUUUUAGUGAAUCAGCAGCUAUGCAUCUCUGCAGCAACUUUCUGGAUGAGACCUAAAAGUAAAAAAACAAACCAGAAACUCGAGAGUUCAUGUUUCAACAUCUAAACUCGCUCAUGAGAUAAAAGCUGUGAUAAAAGGCUGUAAUUUUAGCUAAGUGGCUCCUGGCUGUCUCUCCAGCCAUUCAGGUGUACACUGCGCGUGCAGUUUUCAGGGUGUGUGCGUGUUUAGGGAGAGUAAAUUUAGUCUGGAUUAUAUAGAAAGCAGACCUGCAUUUAGUCCACCCUUUCAGCAAGUAGGAACCUAUUGGCUGUGGAAAUGCCCCGUCAGCACUUCAGUUUUUUGUUUGAAACGUGACCGAGUCCACUUAUCCUUCUGGGACACCCAAUCUGCUGCUCAUCUGUCCUCCAUCUCUGUCAUUUAUUCUAUUUAUUCCUGACAGCACAGUGGUGUUUACAUCACAAUCUGAACAUUCAUGUGGACUUCUGCAUGAUGCAUGUUCUCUUCGUAUGAGCCUGCAGACAUGUGACAUGCAUGUCAUAAAGCGGGUCUGCAGCGUCGCCGCAGCAUCGUGACCCAGCAGCACUUUGUGGUCAGGACUGUGGUGCAGCUGCAGAUGAGCUCCUCAUAAAACGGCUGCAAAGAAGCUAGAGGCUGAGAAAGGGCGUAGAUCCAUCUUCGUCUUUCAUGCAGCUGGGUGUUUCUGUGUCUUUACCAGGCGUCGUAGGGUGGCAGCUACUUUAGGGACCAUGCAUUUAAACUGUUGAGUCAUGUCCACCUCUGCUGGAUUGCUUCUGAUUGCAACUAAGAAUCAGCAGUAUAACCUCACAGGCUUUUACAUGACACUGACAGCCUUUCAUUGUUCUGUAAAACUGGCUGUGGGCUCUUUGUUUCACAUUAUUACAAGAGCUUUUAAACGGUCAUCAAAUGACACCAACUUAAUGCGUUUUACACUUAGACUAUAAAGCACACGCUGAAAAACUUGCUGCUCUCCCCGUUGCAAUGUGUGAAAAUAUAUAUAUAUUUAUCACGAGUUUCUAAAUUUGGCCACAAAAUGUAGUGAAAAGGACACAAUUAUGAAUAUUUUCAUCCUAAAUCUGACACUGUAAAUAUAAGCGUAACCGCACAAUUUAAACAGUAUGUAAAACAGUUGAAGCCUGGUUGCUUUAAUGAAUGUGAGGUCAGGUUAUCUGUUUGAUGUGUGCGUCGGGAAAAUUCAUUUGUGUGAUUUUCUUAUAUAUGGGAGGCAGGCAGACAGAGUUGAAAACAACAAACCAUGGCAACCAACCAUGGCUGCAGGCUAAUGAUAGGCUGCAAACCCAAAACUGCCAUCUGCAUCUCUGUUUUUUUCCUCCUCCGUGCAGAGAUAACAGUGGAAAGUGAUGUCAUGCGUCACUUCAGUUCGUACAUUAUCGGCCAUAUAGGAAAAAAAAAACAAUAAUCCUGUGGGUUUUCAGUCAUGGACCAACAGUUGUUUCAUAAACGUCUGGAAAAGACGCCGUCUUUCUCACUUGUUCCUUAGCUUUAAAAAAAGAUGCUGUGUUUGGUUUAGACCAGAGGCUAGAUCGCCAAGGAAACCAGGGGCCUCCAGAAAAUCACUGAUGCUUGAAGGAAGUGGUCUCACAUCUACAUCCAGCCAUGUCUUCAAUUCCUGCUAAUAAAACAGCUUCCUAGCUUACUGUUGGACAUACAGAUAAAAAAAUAAAGUAUCUUUCACAAAAACAAUCAACUAAAACAAACAACGACCAAGAAGACACACACAGCCCAGUCAGCUUAUUUCAUUCAAAUCAUAAAAAGCAUUCCCAAUAACUACAGAUCUAUGUAUCUAUCUAUCUAUCUAUCUAUCUAUGUAUCUAUCUAUGUAUCUAUCUAUCUAUCUAUCUAUCUAUCUAUCUAUCUAUCUAUCUAUCUAUCUAUCUAUCUAUCUAUCAUCUAUCUAUCUAUCUAUCUAUCUAUCUAUCUAUCUAUCUAUCUAUCUAUCUAUCUAUCUAUCUAUCUAUCUAUCUAUCUAUCUAUCUAUCAAUCUAUCUAUCUAUCUAUCUAUCUAUCUAUCUAUCAUCU